GCUAUGGAGAAGCCCCAGCCGCCGGCUCCGAGCCGGGAGUUGGGCGGGGAGAGGAAGCGGAGCGUCAGCAGCCUGCGACCGCCAGAAGGCAGCGGGGAAAGCACGUGGGGGACCGGGCGAGAGCGCUUCUCGGCUUCCUGGAUGCAGCUGCAGGCGCGCAGAGAGCUGCAGUUAAUUGGCCAGCUGGAAGACCAUCGCCAUGAGUUUUAUUGAAUAUGGAGAAAUAAUAAAAGAAGGAGACACAGCGAUUGUAUUCUUGGGCCACGAGUCAAUGUUCCCAGUGAAAGUGGAACAUGGCAGUAAAACUCAGACCAAAUACGGCGUGAUCAGACACUCCACCGAUCUGAUAGGGAAGCGGUAUGGCUCAAAGGUGACCUGUAGCAAAGGCGGCUGGGUGUAUAUUCUUCAUCCCACCCCAGAGCUCUGGACUCUGAAUCUCCCCCACCGAACUCAAAUUCUGUAUUCGACUGACAUCUCUUUAAUCACCAUGAUGCUGGAGCUGAAGCCGGGAUCUGUGGUGUGCGAAUCAGGUACAGGAAGUGGUUCCCUCUCUCAUGCUAUAAUCCGGACCAUCUCUCCAACGGGGCAUCUGUACACAGUGGAGUUUCAUCAGCAGAGAGCGGAGAAAGCCAUUGAGGAGUUCAGAGAGCACCGGGUGGACCACUUGGUGACCGUGAAGAACCAAGAUGUCUGCAAAAUGGGGUUUGGAGUCUCUGAUGUUGCCGAUGCAGUGUUUCUGGAUAUUCCGUCGCCGUGGGAAGCGAUUGGGCAUGCCAAAUCGGCUCUGAAACAGGAAGGUGGGCGCAUCUGUUCCUUUUCCCCUUGCAUCGAACAAGUUCAGAGGACCUGCCUGACUCUGGAAGAACACGACUUCACUGAAAUUAAUACUUUGGAGAUCCUGCUCAGAGUCUACAACGUCCGGACAAUUAGCUUGCAAAUCCCUGACCUUGGUCAAGCAGCCGGGGAUAACGUGGUAGCAGACGGGGGCGGAGGCGACCCAUCGAACCCAGAUGCCUCCCCCGCUAAUCUCCAGCAGGGAGCCGUGCAGUUUAAAAGUGGUGUCCCUCCCCGGGAAAUGGUGGCUCACACGGGAUAUUUAACCUUUGCCACCAAAAGCCUGUUUUAGUCACAGACGUAAAAGGAGGCCUCUGCAUCCCUCCCUCCCUUCUCCAUCACCCCCCCGCCCAGUCCAUCCAGCAUCCAAUCUUUUCCAGCCGGCAGGCAAUUCCAUAUAUAGUCAGGCUGAGUAAAGAUUAUGCUUUGUUUAAAUAGAACACACGGGAGCACUAACCAGAUCGGCCUUGGCAAGAGGCUGUCACUUUGGAACAGGGCUUGGCUUGCUGUGCGCCGGGAAGAUGGAUUACCAGCUAAUAGCAGUAGGAUGGAAUUAAAAGAUGUGGAAGCCACU